GCCACAUUUCACUCGAAUUUGCCUGCCAUGUGGGGCCUAAUCACCUUAUGUACGUUAUAUAAAAUUCUAGGGAGUGGUCGGCCAAUUAUGCCAUCCACCUUACCGGUUGAGGAUUCGGCGGAUUUCGGCAGUCGGAAUACCUGCCAAGGCGACCAAAAGUACCUUCCUUACCUUGAUUGGGUACUUGGUCUCCGACUUUCGGGCAUUUAAACAGCUGGCGGCUUUACGAAACUGCUUGCAUUUGCAGGUCGUGCGUGUAGACUACGCAGGAUGGAUCUUGCGUCGGCGGACGGCCAAGAAAGGAAGCGAAAGGCCCCUCACUCCAUCACGCCGGGUCUUGUUGGGAUGAGAAUCUAGAUUAGUCCCACAUCAACCUGGACCUGCCCGACUCUUUGCGAGUGCACCACCCUUGACGUCAAUAACAAUAUUAGGUUUCUGUACACUGACUGUUCACCACAACCUCAACACAAUGCCGUCAGCCGACCCCAUCUUGUCGCUGCCCAAGGAGCAGACAGCGGUCGUGGCACAGGGGCCAGGCCGGGUGACGGUCCGGCACGACGCGCCAGUGCCGGCGCUGGCGCCCGACAUGGCCAUCGUCCGCACGGCCGCCGUGGCCAUCAACCCGGCCGACGCUAAGAUGCUCGACUACAGCGCCACGCCGGGCGCCAUCCACGGUGACGACUUUGCCGGCACCGUGGUGGCGCUGGGCGAGGACGUGCUCAAGUCGGGCCGGCUGCAGGUCGGCGACCGCGUGGCCGGCAUGGUCCACGGCAUGAACAAGCUGCGGCCCGACGUCGGCGCAUUUGCCCAGUACGUCGGCGCCACGGCCGACCUGCUGCUCAAGAUCCCCGACAACAUGAGCUUCGAGGACGCCGCCACCCUGGGCCUCGGCGUCACCACGGCCACCAUGGCCCUCUGGCUCGAUCUGCGCGUGCCCGCCACCCUGGAGCAGCUCGCCGAGGCCAGGGGGCUCGCGGGGGAGGGGGAGAAGGAGAAGGAGGAGGAGGAGAAGGAGGAGAAGGAGGAGAAGGAGGAGGAGGAGGAGGAGGAGGAGGAGAAGGAGGGGGAGGAGAAGGAGGAGCAGGGACCCGGAUCGCCCGCGUCGUCGCAGCGCAGCGGCUGCUUCGUCCUCGUCGCCGGCGGGAGCACGGCCACGGGGACGCGGGCGAUCCAGCUCCUAAAGCUAGCCGGGCUCCGGCCCAUCGCAACGUGCUCGCCGGCCAACUUCGAGCUGGUGCGGCGGUUCGGCGCUGAGAAGGCCUUCGACUACCGCGCGGCGUCGGCGGCGGCCGUGGCGGCCGAGAUCCGCGCCUACACCAAUAACGAGCUGGGCCACGCGCUGGACUGCGUGGCGACGGCCGAGACGACGCAGCUCUGCUACGGCGCCAUCGGGCGCGCCGGCGGCCGUUACUGCUCGCUGGAGCCGUUCCGCGCCGCGGUGGCGCAGACCCGCGCCCUGACCGUCGACGCCUCGUGGGUCAUGGCCCCGACCGUCUUCGGCCGCAAGCUCGCCAUCGAUGGCGCCUACGGCCGCGACGCCGCCCCCGACCACCGCCGCUUCGGCGUCGCCGCCUACGCCGCCGUCCAGCCCCUCCUCGACCGCGCCCUGCUCGACCCCCACCCCGUCAGGCUCAUGCCGGGCGGGUGGGACGGUGUUGUCCACGGUAUCGAUGUUAUUCGCCAGCAGGCCGUGUCUGGGUACAAGAUGGUGUACAAGGUGGCUUAAGGGGAUGGGGACAAAAAUAUUGGUGAGGGUUUCGUCUGCAGUCGUGUUAGUUUGUUACUUUUCCUUGUGAU